CAAUUUUAUUUUUUUUUCUUGGGCUUUUAAGUAUUCACCUACAAACCACAAUAAGGCUUUUACCAGAUUGUCCAACUGAUGUGUUUUUUUGCACUAUGAUCUAUGGUGGGGCUCACAAGAUGAAUGGCUCUGAUAAUUUAAAAAAGUUAAGAGCCCACCCAUGAUGGAGAGUAGUGCGAAACCGAAAUUGGAGUGGAAUGGGUCCAUUUUCUUUUUAAUGAUACGUGUCAUGGGUUUAGAGGUUCUGGGUAAAAUGUUAGAACAAUUAGCUUCUCUUUCAAGUAUUUCCUUUUAAAUGUUAUGAACCAUCCAAACCAUGGAUAUGAUGCCCUCACCUAAUUGAAAGAUGCUAGAUGUAUAAUGUUUGGUCUUGUUUCUAGGUUGAAUGUGAACCACUCCUGUGUUUGGUCAUUCGUCCAUUUGGUGGAUCCCAAGCACGUAGACGGCCUGGCUCAAAAGUCAGGCCUGUCCGCCCAUCAUCUGGGCCAUGGAAGAAUGGAACAACGGGUGUGGUUAGAAAGUUCGCCAAUGGUUCCCAUUUAAUUGCGCUGCUGGAUGGGUGGACGAGCCCGUCAGAUGGAUGGACAUGCUCACAAUGGGCCAGACCUGUUGAUCGGACAUGAUCUUGUUUACAUCUAAGAGAUAUUGUCCAUUCACUGGGUGGGGCCCACUGACUUGUCCAGGAUGUGCCCCCACACGUAACUGACCGUGGAUCUCCCCAUCCCAACUGUUCUCUAUGGUGUGGCCUACCUGAGUCUUGGACCUGCCUGAUUUUUAUUUUUUAUUUUUUUUAUGAUGAAUGCGACGCAGAGGAUCUGAUGGACCUCUGUAUAACAAGCAGCACUAUACAUAACCUCUGUAUAUUGUUUGAUUGCUUGUUAUCAAUGAACCGUGGGACAAUUGGUUCUUUAGAUCACCACCAUCAGUGGGACCCAAGGUCAGAUUGGUUUCUCAUGUUAGAGGACCUGAAACUGCAGUACGUGGCCCCCAUAGGGGAAGGUGCAGAAAAGUAAUUGGAUAGGUUUGGAUGCAUGCACAAAAGGGUCUACUUGUUGGACGGUCCGAUGAAUGUAGCAUAUUUAAAUGUCUUUAAUGGAGAAAGGAUUCUACAAUGUUUCAGUUGGACGCGGAUUGCCGACUGCCGUUGCCAGUAGCCAGGUAGCUACUGGACAGAGCUCUGUGUGCCGCAGAACGAUGUAUGUGUUUGAUCCGCGCCGUCCAUCUAUUUUUUUAGAUCAUUUUAGGGCAUAAUUCGAAAAUUGAGGUAGAUCCAAAUCUUAAGUAGACCACACCACAAUAAAACAGUGGUUAUUGAUCGCCCACAGUUAAAAUUCCUUGGGCUCACUGUAACGUUUAUUUGCCAUCAAACCUGUUGAUUAGGUCACACAGACCUGCAUGAAAGGAAAACACACAUAUCAGCUUCAUCCAGAACUUGUGUACCCCCCCUAAAAGGUUUUUAAUGAUGGGCGUUCAAUCACCACUGUUUCCUGUGGUGUGGUCCACUCGCAAUUUUGAUCUGCCUCAUUUUUUGGCCCACACACCCUAAAAUGGUAUGGAAAAAUGGAUGGAUGGAGUGGAUAAAACAAAUACAUCAUGGUGGGGCCCACAGAGCAGCAUCCAGAAGCUACUGGACACUGAUAGCGUCAGUAGCCGAUCCACGUCCGUAUCCCGUACCCCAAUCAGCCAGGUAUCAUAUAUUCAAUGUGAUUAUUGGGGCCUGGACCGACUCAGUGAUUUGGACACAGCUCAAAAACCUGGAAACUCGACUCGAUGUUUUACUGGGUCAGGUUCAGGUCGGCUAAACAGACUUGACUCGAAUCAAGUCGACUGAGUCAUCAAAUCAACUCGUCGAGUCAGUUCCAGUACCGAGUUUCACAGUGACUCGGCCUAAAUCUCACAGAGUUGAGUUGACUCAGUCAAGUUUCCAGUCGAGUCAGCGAGUUUUAGAACUACGGAUGUGGAACAUCCAUCACGCCUCAACAAAUGCAUGUGCAUGCGUGUGGAUUAUCAAAACUCGUCCCUUCCAAGUGGAUGAGGACAUACCUUUCUUCAGGAAGAAAUCUUCAAUAAAAGAGGAGAUAGCAAGAGUUCCUUUCCUAACGAUUUGUAUACUCUAAGGAAUCUGGAUUACUUGAGAUACAUCAAUGGAUAUCCUUACAUGAAAUGUAUGUAUAUUGAUAGCUUUGGAACUUCUCUCCAUCGUCUUGGCCAUUUCCAUCAGAUGGCUUACCUUCCCAUACUUCAAAGAAUUCUGGCCAUCUUGGCCAUUGUUUUUCUCAUUAGAAGGUCCAUCAGAUAUUUGAUUAAUUGGGCCAAUGGAGAAAUGGAACGUCUUGAUGAUCAGAUUGCUGAAUCAGAAGGGAUGACGAUUUCAAAGAAGAAUGUCGAUGGAAGCAAUGCACGUGAGGUGAAAAACCCAUUGGUUGUAUCUUUCGGUGAAAUGCUGAUAGAUUUCGUUCCGGACGUUGCUGGGCUUUCUCUAGCGGAGUCGUUGGGAUUCAUCAAAGCUCCUGGUGGAGCCCCUGCCAAUGUGGCUGUCGCCAUCGCAAAGCUAGGUGGCCGAUCCGCAUUCAUUGGAAAGUUUGGAGGUGAUGAAUUCGGGCAUAUGUUAGUGGACAUCUUGAAGAAGAAUGAAGUGAAUGGUGAUGGCGUAUGCUUUGACCCUGACGCCAAGACUGGACUUGCAUUCGUGACGUUGAAGAGCAACAGAGAGCAGGAAUUCAUGUUUUAUCGAAAUCCAAGUGCUGACAUGCUGCUGAAGGAAUCUGAGUUGAAUUUGGAUCUCAUCCGGCAGGCGAAGAUCUUUCACUAUGGAUCGAUAAGCUUGAUCACUGACCCGUGCCGGUCGGCCCACUUGGCCGCAAUGCGGGCUGCGAAAGCAGCUGGCGUGCUUCUCUCAUACGAUCCAAAUGUUAGAUUAUCACUGUGGCCAUCAGCUGAUGCCGCCCGCGAAGGAAUUAAGAGCAUUUGGACAGAAGCUGACUUUAUCAAGGUUAGUGACGAUGAAGUCGCUUUCCUAACAAACGGUGAUCCUGAAAAGGAAGAGGUUGUUCUGUCGUUGUGGUUUGAUGGACUGAAAUUGCUUGUGGUCACUGAUGGCGAGAAGGGGUGCAGAUACUUUACUAAGGAAUUCAAAGGAAAAGUGGAUGGAUUUUCUGUCGAGACAGUGGACACAACAGGAGCUGGUGAUGCUUUUGUUGGCUCUCUUCUUGUUUCUCUGGCUAGAAAUGAUUCCCUUUAUAAGGAUGAAGCUAAGCUAAGGGAAGCUUUGAAACUGGCGAAUGCUUGUGGUGCAAUCUCUACAACACAAAAGGGAGCAAUUCCAGCCCUUCCAAACACGUCAAUGGCGCAAGAACUCAUUGCAAAAUCCAAGUGAAAAUAAAAGCAGUUGUCCUUUCGUCUGUUAGACUUGGUUUUCUUUUAGCUUACAUUAGUUGUAACUUUAUACUUUUAUACAUGAAUCAAUGCCCAGCUAAACUGUUUCUACUGACUUUCACCAACAAAGUCUAUAUAAGAAAAAAUCUAAUUGAAACUGAA